AUGUCGACAUCCGAUGCCAACAAACAACUUCAUGCAAUACGUAAUCAACUGAGGCAAAUGGAACACCAGUACGGAGAUGGAACCAAACCAGACAACACUUUCAAGAGUAUUCAUUCAAAAGAAGUGGGAGAAAUAGAUGAGGCAAGGAUGUUUGAAGAUCAGGAAAACAUUAUUACCUUUGAUCACAACUCACAUAACACAGGAGGCAUUCAGGCAUUAAUCAAGGAAUCAAAAAAUACUUUUUCAAAUGAAUUUGAACGAAAAGAACCCGGAUUCACAACACUGACAGAAUUCGAAAACCCCGAACAAGAAUCGCAUGACCCACCCUUAUCUGGAGAAUGUCAUCAUGCUAUCAUAAACAUGGAGGACCUCAAUGAUGUAGAUAUCUUAUUAAAAGACGUCAUCAGUUCUGUACAAAUAGAUUCAAUGAGUGAUGAAGAUCUUCAUAUUCUCGAGCAGUUUGUUUCCUGCCCAAUGAGUGAAGAAUCUGAGCAAGACAAUUUGUAUCAAUCUUCGGGAAAGACCUCAUCUGCUUCGAAAGCAUUAGAGUCUGAAGAUGAGAUGGAUCUAAGAUGCAAAGAUAGAAUAAGAAAAGACAAUCAUAAUAUCAUUGAACGACGACGGAGAUACAACAUCAAUGACAGGAUAAAAGAAAUAUCUUCUCUACUACCACCAUCCACUCAUCCGUCAAUGAAACUCAGCAAAGGUUCCAUCUUAAAAGCAGCAGUACAAUGUUUUAAGGACUUGAAAAGGGAUCAGGAAAACUUGAAAACACUUGAAGCUAAACAGAAAGCAAUGAACUCCAAAUACCAAAAAAUGCAGCUUAGAACUACCAGGCCACUAUUAAAAAAUUGUUGGUUGGGCGUUAAGGUUCCGUCUAGGAAGCAUGAGAAUGAGGCAGCUCCUCAGACCAGCCUAAAGCAACCUAGUAUGCCAGAUUCCAUUUCAGAUGAAUUGCUUUUAACAGAUGACUCUCAUCUCCACUCUCCCUCCACUGAUAUAAACGUGGAGGAAUGUGAUAUUCUUUUGGAUUUGUUCAAAAGUCAGUCACCACACAUGACAGUUGGACAAAUGGAAACUGAUCCUGCACUGCCUUCCCAUUCGUCUAAACAAUUGCUCAGUACAGUCACAUCUCCACCGCCGACAACUAAUAUGCUUGAGGUCUUAUUGAAAAGAUCUGACAAAACACCUUUACAAGCUAAUUUCACAGAAAGCUUUCUGGACAGUACUUUAUAG